CUUCUCUUUCUAUCUCUUUCUUCGUCUCUCCUCUGGACUCUGCCAUUUAUCCCCUUCACACACAUCCACACUUAAAAUCCAAUAGUCUUCAGACACACAGAAAGAGAAGAACAGAGUAGAAGAACCCAUCCUCUACUUUCAUUUUCUUUCUUAUUUUUCGAAGAAUUCUUUCUUUGUGGUUUUAAUCUUCACGAGAUUCCUAUGCUGUGCAAGUGCCUAUAUAUAUAAAUCCAGUAAAGCUGGUUGAGAAAAGGCAAAGGAGCAAUUAAUUUAUUCAGAGGAAGCAAACCCAGAUCAGAGAAAAGAGAUAAAAAGAGACCAAUGGAAAGUGGCACGGAGUUGAAGAAAAGUGGAGGAGGAAAUGGUCAGGUGAUUGACGGUUCGGAUAUAAUGGAAUUAGUUGGGAACGAGAAGGCUUUUACCAAUUAUGUGGAUCAUAAAUUUGAGGAACUCGAUCGUGAUAGAGAUGGCAAGCUCUCUGUGAAGGAGCUUCAGCCAGCUGUGGCCGACAUUGGUGUUGCUCUUGGUCUCCCUGUUCAGGGCACUUCUGCUGAUUCAGAUCAUAUCUAUUCUGAGGUUUUGAAUGAAUUCACUUAUGGUAAACAAGUGACUGUGAGCAAGAACGAGUUCAAAGAAGUUCUUUCAGACAUUCUACUAGGAAUGGCUGCAGGAUUAAAGAGAGAUCCAAUUGUGAUUUUGCGGAUCGAUGGAGAGGACCUUGUAGAAUUCAUCAACAGCCCAAGAUUUGAACUUGAGAUGGCUUCUAUAUUCUCACAGAUCGAAAUAGCUGAUGGAUCCUUCCUUGAUUAUGUUUUGAAGGCAUUGGAGAAGCUCACAGUUGAACAUGGGAUGCCACCUUCUACAGAUCCUUGGGUCGCAAGCAACAUUGUGGAACCUACUUUGCAGUCAUGUGCCAUAAAUGAUCAGGAAGGAGUCAAUUCUCAAGAGGCCUUCAUAGAAGAAUUCAAGAAGGUGGCUGAGAGCCUGGCUCAGCGUCUGAAAGAGCAGCCAGUAAUCGUGGCUCACAGCGAAAACACCUUUGAUGGGAGCGGCAUCAAGAGGUUAUUAUCCAACAAAUUUGAAUUGGACAAGUGCUUGGAUGCGGCAGUGAAGGGUCUACCGAAAGAUAGACACCACGAGGUGUCCAAGGAGUAUCUACGUGUUGCCCUUGAUGUGUUGGCACCAUCAGCUGGUUUGCCUCCUUUUGGUGCCCUUAAUCAGAUGGACAUGGUUACAAACGAUGCGUUCAAAUUGGUGAAUGCGGAUGAUGGGAAGGCAGUUCCAGAAGAAGAAUUCAAAAAACUCAUGAAAGAGAUCCUUGGGAGUAUUAUGUUGCAAUUAGAGGGUAGUCCCAUUAUGGUUUCUUCCAAUACGGUUGUGCAUGAGCCUCUCUCUUCACCCUCCAUCCUGUUAGGCCCGUCGUCGUCGUCGUCAUCGUAAAUGUUAAAUUUGUUAGGGACGAGUAAUGAAGUUUUUACUAUUUAAAAGAAUGUCAAAUAUGUAUUACUUAGAAAUAUUAUUUUCAGUUAUGUAAUUCAGUUGCGUUUGUUCA